AUGUCGUCCACCGCCAGCCAACCCAAUGAAACUACCCAGUCCCAAUCACAAACACCACCAGCACUGACACUUCAACCCUCCAAAAAAUCCCGCAUCCCAAACUCUACAAAGCUCCUCGUCGGCGGCACGGCCUUCCUCAUCCUCUCCUCCAUCAUAACCCGCCGCGCCCUGCUCCGCAAGCGCAUGAGCUCACUCCCGCCUACGUACACCAGUGCUCCCUUCCACCAACCGCCUGUUAACGGAGCCCUCGAGGCCCUCGAAGCACUCAACAUCGCAACGAUAAAUGUCGCCAGCGUAGCAAUGAUUGGCGUCGGGGCGGGAAUGUACGCGUUUGACAUUAAUACCAUGGAAGACUUGAGGCGGAAGGUGAGGGGCGGGUUGGGAAUAGAUGGGACGGGACGGUCGGAGCAGGAUGUCGAGGAGGAGUUGGAGGAAUGGGUUGUUAGUGUGAUGAAUCGGAAGACGGAGAAGGAGAAGAGAGGGAGUGCGGUGGAGCGGGAAUAUGUCAAUGAGAGGGGGAAGGAGAGGUAG